GGGCCAUGGCCAGGAGGUCGGGCCUGGGGCCCAGGUGGCUGGAGGCUGUGGCCACUGUGCUUUUGCUUGGAUUAUUCCGGAAUGGGAUAGAAGCAGUUGUGGCCGAAGACUCCUGUGGCAUGGUCCCUCAAGGACGCAUCACAGGUGGUACCACUGCAGCUCGCGGCCAGUGGCCCUGGCAGGUCAGCAUCAACCACCACGGCACCCACGUGUGCGGCGGCUCUCUCGUGUCCAAUCAGUGGGUGCUGUCGGCUGCUCACUGCUUCCCAAGUGACAACAAGAUAGAAGAAUACGAGGUCAAGCUGGGCGCCCACCAGCUGGACUACUACAGCACUGACACCCAGGUCCGCGGGGUGGCCCAGGUCAUUUCCCAUGAGAAAUAUUCCCACGAGGGCUCCAUGGGAGACAUUGCGCUCCUCCGGCUCAGCAGCUCCGUCACCUUCUCCCGCUACAUCCGGCCUAUCUGCCUCCCCGCAGCCAACGCCUCCUUCCCCAAUGGCCUCCAGUGCAUUGUCACUGGCUGGGGCCAUGUGGCGCCCUCAGUGAGCCUCCCGAACCCCCGGCCACUGCAGCAACUUGAAGUACCGCUGAUCAGUCGUGAGACCUGUAACUGCCUGUACAAUAUCAAUGCCAAGCCUGGGGAGCCCCACCUAAUCGACCAGGAUAUGCUGUGCGCUGGCUACGUGAACGGGAGUAAGGACGCCUGCCAGGGUGACUCUGGGGGCCCACUUUCCUGCCCAGUGGCAGGCCGCUGGUACCUGGCAGGCAUUGUAAGCUGGGGUGAUGCCUGUGGGGCCCCUAACAGGCCUGGUGUUUAUACCCUGACCUCCGUCUAUGCCUCCUGGAUUCACUACAAAGUGGCAGAGCUCCAGCCUCAGGUGGUGCCCCAAAUGGAGGAGUCCCAGCCCGAUGGCCACCUCUGCAGCCACUACAAGGGUUUCAACUCUGCCCCAGCACAGGGCUUGGUGGGGCCCAUCCUUCUGCUGCCACUUGGCCUGACCCUGGGCCUCCUCCGCCCACUGCAUGAGGACUGAGCUACUCACGCCUGGGAGCUGCUUUGCUUCUGAGACCUCCACAUCACACCCAAGGACGGAUGCUGUUCCCAUGUUAGGCCCCACCUGGGACACUCUGGGCCCAGGGCCUGACUUGAGUCACUCCCUCCUCCCAGGACCCUGUGGGAGUUCAAGGCACCAUCCUGAACUCUGAGCCCACUCUUCUGGAUUGUUCUUUGGGACA